AUGUCACAUGUUAACGCGUCGUAUGCGGAUUCGCAAGGAUCCUCGACAAGCGUUUCUCAUGUAGAGAUGGAGAAGCCAGCAACAAAGGAAAUCUUUGAAGAUCCUACCCCAAAAAAGUUUGAUUUGGACGAUGAUGAGGCCGGUAAGACAUCAUCUGUAUUCAAUCCAGACCUAAAUCUAGAAGAAGAAGUGAGAGCCUUGGAUGAAUUAGGUGAUUCGUUCAAAAGAGAUCGCUCCUUUUGGGGCAAAAUGAAAGCUUUGGAAUUCGAAGUUGAAUUUGAAAAUAAAAAAAAUAUGGUUUUAAUGCUGGGAACUUUUGCAGCAUUUGCUGGUAUUCUAUCUGGUAUAGAUCAAUCUAUUAUCUCUGGUGCUUCCAUUGGUAUGAACAAAAUGUUGCACCUUUCUACACAUGAAGCAUCACUAGUUUCUUCUUUAAUGCCUCUAGGUGCUGUCGCUGGUUCUAUAUUGCUAACUCCCUUUAGUGAAUAUUUUGGUCGUAAAAAGUCUUUGGCUAUUUCUUGUGUCUUUUACACAAUUGGUGCUAUUGUUUGUGCAGCUGCUUCUAACCAUCACGAAAUGUAUGCUGGUAGAUUUUUGAUCGGUGUCGGUGUUGGUUUAGAAGGUGGUGGUAUUGGUGUAUACAUUGCAGAAUCUGUUCCAUCUUCAGUUAGAGGUAGUCUGGUGUCCCUGUACCAAUUUAAUAUUGCGCUGGGCGAAUUGUUUGGUUAUAUUGUUGGUGUGAUUUUCUUUGAUGUUAAGGGAGGCUGGAGAUACAUGGUCGGUUCGUCGCUUGUGUUCUCGACCACGUUGUUUAUUGGUUUAUUAUUCCUGCCUGAAUCUCCACGUUGGUUGAUGCAUAAGGGCCGUGUCGGUGAAUCCUGGAACGUCUGGAAAAGACUAAGAGAUGUGAAAGAAGAAGGCAAUAAAAUCGAAUUUUUGGAACUUAGAGACGUUGCUUCGCACGACAGAGAGUUACAUGCAAACGAAUCAAGGUUUCAAUCAUUGUUUGAUUUGGUCCGUGUUCCACGUAACCGCCGUGCUUUGGUAUAUUCCUGUAUGAUGAUUGGUCUGGGUCAAUUAACUGGUAUUAAUGCCAUCAUGUAUUACAUGUCCACGCUAAUGAAGAAUAUUGGGUUCGGUGAUAAACAAUCUGUAGCAAUGUCAAUGGUUGGUGGUGCAGCACUAUUAAUUGGUACCGUUCCUGCUAUUUUAUGGAUGGAUAGAUUCGGUAGACGUACAUGGGCAAUGACCAUCAUUAUAUUUAUCGUUGGUUUGGUGCUCGUCGGUGUCGGCUAUCAAAUAAACUUGAAAACACACAUGGCAGCAGCAGAAGGUGUAUAUUUGACUGGUCAAAUCAUAUAUAACAUGGCUUUUGGAUCCUACGCAGCAUUAACAUGGGUCCUACCUUCAGAGUCAUUUUCAUUGGGAACCAGAUCAGCUGGUAUGACAGUGUCUUCUGCUUUGCUUUACUUGUUUGCCUUUACCGUGACUUACAACUUCGAAAAAAUGAAAGAAGCAAUGACAUAUACAGGUUUAACCUUAGGGUUUUACGGUGGUAUCGCUCUUGCAAUUGGUAUCCCAUACCAAUUGCUAUGUAUGCCAGAAACAAAGAAUAGAACUUUAGAGGAGAUUGAUGACAUCUUUGAGAAGCCAACAAGUCAAAUCAUAAAGGAGAAUAUUGCAUACUUGAAGAAGGGCCAAUUGAGUUAUUAA